AUGGCUGCGCGGAGGAGGCGGCAAGUAGAGUUGAUAGUAUUCUAUACCUUUAUUAGCAAGAGUAUAGUGCGGGCUUUUAUUAAAGACCUCGAGUACAAGACUGUAGUUUACAAGCAUCUCAAAUUAAUCUAUGGUAUCUAUAUGCCUGUCUUCCUAGGUGCUAUCAACCUCCGAUCGAUGAAUAAGAUUUACUACUAUAACCAUCGGGUCUAUGUGGUGCACAUAAUAUUUUUGUCCUGGGGAGGGUGUAGCAUCAACAAAGCACAGAAAAUUGGCGACAUAAAUAGGUUACUCGAAGACAAGGCCAUUCGGUCCUUAAGAGCCAUGCAUCGAGAGGGGGUGAUCCACAAGGAUGUGCGACUUGCGAAUAUGUUAUUCAAUCCUGAGACCAACGGGGUUAUGGUGAUCGACUUUGAACGGGCUUUGCUACUCAAGCCGCCUCGUUGUCCAUUGGCGCCAGGGUAG